AUGGCAGCCGCAACCACGUCUACCUCGUCGUCGCCGCAAUCCUCUCUUCUCUCCAGCGCCGCCUCGCUUGGCUGGUCUCCGCUCGUCUCACUCUCUCGCUCGUCAGUCUGCUCCCUCUUUUCGCGCCUGCAAGUGGGACUCCUCACAAUCAAGGACGUCGAUGGCUCCACAAAGUAUUUUGGAGAUGACUCGCUCGUCAGCGCCGCCGCCUCAGACAGCGAUGAUGGUGCUUCGUCCAGUGCAGCCUCGCUCAAGCAGAGCGAUGAGCCUACGCAGGCUACGCUGGUGGUGAACCGCGACACCUUCUGGCCGCGCAUGUUCUUUGGUGCUGAUUUGGGCUUCUCGGAGGCGUACAUGGCCAAUGACGUUGACACUCCGGACUUGGGGGCCUGCUUUGAUCUCUUCAUUCGCAAUCGCACUGCCCUCGCAGAGCUCGACCUCGGCCCCGCCUCUCGCCUCACCGGCUGGGUACAAGGUCAGCUCAAUAAGCGCUAUGCCAAUACGCGCGGCGGCAGCUUGAAGAAUAUUGGCGCUCACUACGACAUCUCCAACGCCAUGUAUCAACGCUUCCUCUCCCGCGACAUGACCUACAGCUGCGGUAUCUACUCGACGCUGGACGCAGACAUUGCUCCUCCCAUUCCCUACCAGGCUGCUACAUCCCUGCGCGACCACUCUGGCUCCAAGGCAGGCAAGGUCCCAUCUCCCACGCGCGACUCCGGCAUCGGCUCUCCACAAUCGGACCUCUCCUCGCCGUCGAGCUCGGAUGAGCUGGAAGAAGCGCAGUUGCGCAAGCUUCGCCUCCACAUCAGUCGCUGCCGUAUCUCUCGCGGGGACCGGGUGCUGGAAAUUGGCACAGGGUGGGGAUCCCUCGCCAUGGAAGCAUGUCGCCAAGUACCCGGCAUCACCGUCGACUCUCUGACCUUGUCCAAGGAGCAGAAGCAGCUCGCCGAGGAGCGAAUCCGUGAAGCCGGGCUUGAGAGUCAGAUCACGGUCCAUCUCCUCGACUACCGCGACAUGCCCGCCGAGUGGGAGGGAAGCUUCGACCGCGUCGUCUCAAUCGAGAUGCUCGAAGCAGUAGGCAUCGAGUUCCUCUCCACCUACUUCAGCGCCAUUCAUCGCGUACUCCGCCCGGAUGUGGGCACGGCCGUGUUCCAGUGCAUCACGAUGCCUGAAGCCCGCUUCGAGGCUUAUGUGCGGGGCGUCGACUUUAUCAAGAAGUACAUCUUCCCAGGCGGUGUACUGCCCUCGGUCCGCUCGUUGGUGGACGCAAUGGCUGACGGAUCGCAGGGGACAAUGGUGCUACAGGCGGUCGACUCGAUUGGCCCGCAUUACGCGCGCACGCUGAGGGAGUGGAGGGCGAGGUUCGAGGCAGCCUUUUACGGGGAUGACGGGAUCCGAGGGGCGUUGCUGCGCGACCAUGCGGCUAUCCAGGCACUACCCAAAGCGCAGCGUGAGGCUGAGGUCGAAGUUUUCAGGAGAAAGUGGAUCUAUUAUUUCGUCUACUGCGAAAGAGGGUUCGCUGAGAACCAGAUCGGAGGUGAGCACGCGGGGCGAGACGAGAGCUGUGGGGCGAGAGACUGCGCUGACACACAACACCGCGCCAUUGCCAGACCACAUCCUCACCUUUGCACGCGUCGGAGGACCAGCACACUCGCAGCCCAUCAGCUUUGGUGCAUGAGCACGGCGAACUGGCUGCCUUUACCGGCUUCUCAUUCGCACCGCACCACAACGACCACCAGUCAUACUCGCAUCGCAAAGCAUCUCGUGAUCAGGAAGGAGGAAGUACUUCGUCGUCUCGUCUUACGCACCAAGCUACGAUACGAAUCAAAACGAUACCUAUGA